AUGGAGGAUUUUGAGAACAACACCAUGAAGGUAUAUGAUAACAACAGCAUACAGGGUUACAAGAGAUACAUCAAUUAUAUCUUCUUAAUUUGGAGAGCAUCAGAGGAGGAACAUGACACAUGGGUAUCUGAAUUGAACGGCUUGUCCACCCCUAUUAAGUUCAAGACCAAUAAAAGCCUGGCAGAAAUAGACUUUCUGGACCUUAGGAUCUUUAAAGACAACACUAGUCUUGCUACUACACUGUUUCAGAAACCCAUGGACAGAAACUCCAUACUGCUGGAUCAUUUAAAGAAUAUUUUCAGCAACUGUCCUGGGGAAAUUGAGGGAGAAAAGAACAUUGCAAAUUUUUCAACUCCAAUCAGUGACCUUCAAAAAAAGAUAAAUGAAGUCUUCGACAAAAUUCAACUAAUUGUUCCCAAUGCAACAUUUACCUACUUAAAUAGAACUACAAAUGGGCAAAAGAGCAAGAUUUUUAUUGCAAGCCCGAGACAAAAAUAUUGCAUAGGAGAAGAGUUUGUGGUUCAAAUUGACAUGUAUGAUCACCUAGGAAGAAGGAAAGAAUAUGGAGGGGACUUCAUUAGGGCACGUAUUUUUUCUGAUGAACGCAAAGCCAGUGUAUGUGGAAGAGUGGAAGACUUUAAUAAUGGGAGCUACCAUGUGUCUUUCCCUUUGUACUGGGAGGGCCAGGUCAAGGUGUCUGCCAAGUUGUUUCAUCCCAGUGAAGGUAUUUCAGCUCUCUGGAGAGCUAGACAUGCCAGUCUUGGAGUUCUUGGCUUUGAAGGCAAAUUUGUUAGUCGUAACCAAGAAGCCACCACUAAAUGUGGUUUUAAACUCAACACAGACAAGGAGGUUUGUGAAUAUGUAGAUCCAGAUGAUGAGAAUGCAUUCUACUGUAUCAAGCCUGAGAAGUUACCAUGUGGCUCUCUACAUGACAUGAAAUCAUUUGACAUUCAUCUCUCAUACUUGAGCAAGGAGGAACAACAGAUGUUUAAGAGGUCCAAUAUUGGAGUUGAAAUACCAACACAUUUCAAGUUCAUAGAUGUCGCAAUUAUACAAAGUAAAGCCUUAAGCCUAUUAAAUGACCUGAAGGCUAAGAAAGGUGAGGCAGCAAAGGAUGGUGGAUGGUUUGAUAGGUUUAAGAAGAGGUCUAACUUACAUAACAUCAAAGUACAAAGAGAGGCAGCUGCUGCAGAAACUGAGGCUGCAGAAAGCUAUCCAAGUGAUUUUGCAAAAAUUAUUGAAGAUAGAGGCUACUCCAUGGAUCAUAUUUUUAAUGUGGAUGAAAAUGGUCUAUUCUGGAAGAAGAUGCCUGCAAGAACCUUCAUUGCAAGACAGGAAAAAUCAAUGCCAGGCUACAAGCCAGCUAAAGAUAGAAUAACCCUUCUAUUAGGUGGCAAUGCUUCUGAAAUCUACAGAGAAAAGAAGAGAGCUACACUUCAUACCUCCAUAGAGACUUACUUUUCUAAAAGUCCAUCAGCACACAGAUCAUCAUCAUCAACAGACAGUCAUUUUGAUCCAGAUCAUCCACAUCAACUGACAGUCCAUUCCAGCUCUGACAUCACCACCCAGUCCUGCUCCUUUCUUAUUGCUACUAUUCGCCAGCAAGAAAGCGUCUCGCCUUUGAAGAGUUUGAUUUGUGAAACAGAAGAUACCAUGGAAACCAAUUCAAAACCAAAAUGUCAGACAGGAAUGAGCCUCUCCUUCCCCAGUGGAUAUUUUUUGAAUGAUCUCUGGAUCCCUGUUUAUUGUAAUUUGACUCCUUAUCGAAAUGGGGAGGAUUAUAUUAGAUGUCUUCAGGGGAAGAAGCUGUUCCUUAUAGGGGACUCCACAAUACGUCAGUUUAUCAUGCACUUUACUGAAGGCAAUAACAUAGUAAAGUAUUUUGGAUACCGUGGAAAAGGAUUUAGCCAAUGGCAAAAUACCCUACUGGCGUUAAACAUGGAGAAAGAUAUUUAUGUGUCCUUCAAAAGACAUGGAUUCCCACUGGAAAGUUCCAUGUUCUACUACUUCCAAGAGGAUAUGUACACAAGCCGUCAAAUUGACAUGCAAGGUGGGGGGAAAGAUACCAUAAUCAUGAUUACCAUGGGACAGCACUUCAGACAGUUUCCUCUUCACCUGUUCAUCAAACGAGCCAUUAAUAUACGCAGAGCUAUAGAACGCCUGUUCCUCAGGAGCCCAGACACCAAAGUAAUCAUCAAAACAGAAAACAUCAGAGAAAUAACCAAUAUGGUGGAAAGACUUGGAGACUUCCAUGGAUACUGCCAAUAUCUUGUGCUUAGGGAAGUUUUCAAAGGACUAGAUGUUGGUUUUGUGGAUGCCUGGGAUAUGAGUGUUUCAUCAGGUAUUGAAAAUGUUCAUCCUCCUGGAAAAUUACUUGAAAAUAUUAUGAGUCUGAGUUUCACAUUUGCGUGUUUGUAA